UGUUGGACUACAGCUGUCAUCCUCAGUCAGCAGUGGCAUGCUGCAUGGUGGUUAUGGAAGUUACAGUCAAACAUAUUUGGAGAGCACCAGCUUGGAAAAGGCUGUGCUGUGCUAUUCUCUGUUGUGACACACUGUGUGGUAUACCUUUCCCAUUAAGUGUUAAGAGAGCUCUGAAAUGGGACAGCUUUGCCAUGGGAAAAGUCCCAGCAACAAGUUCUGGGAGCAGCAAGAAAAAUCUCUGUUCUUACUCACCAACAACAGGAACAUGCCUAAUGAGUCCAUUUUCAAGUCCCAGGAGCAAUAAUGUACAAGAGCACAGAAUUGGCCUAUCAAAUGGGAAUAGAGAUAAAUCCACAGGCCUGCCAAUCAUAUCCUCCAGAAAGAGGCAAGCUGAAAUGGAAGAAAAUGACAAGCUCUUGGUGCUGCACUCUGAAGUUGAAGAUUCCCUAGAGCAAUUCUUGCAAAUCAGACGAAACCUAACCAGUUUACAGGCGUUAGAGGGCACCAGAGAGCUUGAAAAUAUUAUAGGCGUUUUAGACAACUCCGGUAACUUAAAAAGCGAAGUGAGAAAAACCAGGAAGUUAAUACAGCAAGCUGAAAAGCGAAAGCUGCUGAAACGGAGCAACAUAAGACUUCUUCCUGCCCAAGAUUAUUCCCAACCUGUCAACAGCUUCGAGUUCCUUAAAUCCCUAAUUCACUAAGGCUUUAUCCGAAGAAUAUAUUCAGCUUGGUUGCAAGAUUCUACAACUGCCUGAUCCUACUUAAAAGGUUGAAAAGAAACGCCUGUAAAACUAUCUCCCCAGCAAAUACCAGCUAAGGAUUGCUUAGUGCACUAGGCAGGUGCACAUCUAGAUACAGUUUCUUGCAUCUAAUUUAAACUUUACAAUCUGCACUACCAGAUAAUCUCAAUGUAAAUAAUACACUUUGCCAGAGCUACUUUAUGCAAAUAUGUAACGGUACAAGCUGAACUACUUCUGUUAGUGACCAGGCACUGUACUUGCUCUACCUUGGUAAAAUGCUGCAGUGAGCUUUUCCUCAUGUUUGGGAAAGAAGGGCUGCACUUAAGGGUGGACACUAUUUCCCAGGCCUUCAAACAAACUGUAAAUUUCACAGUAAUUAUAUGCUCCAUGCUUUCUUUGAAGAAGUGCCAGUUUUACCACAAACAAUGAAGACUGCUUGCCAACUUGGGGCGCGUUGUUUAUGCAACUUAUCAGCACACCCAAAAGCAAGCAAAUUUGCCAUCUCUCUUUGCUAGCAAAGGCUUCUGUGUUCCAAAUGAAGCAUUUGCAAAUGC